GCUGCAACAGUCCUGACUUUUUCAAGUUCCCCCGACAACUUCACUUUUAGACGCUGCACUGACUAGCACGCCCCGCGGACCCAACCUCUAACCUAAUCCGACAGUCCCCCUUAAUGUCAAUUGAUGCCAAUGCAAGUAUGGCGGACUUCAGCGACACGAACUCGCACGAGAUGACAGAGAAUCAUGUCGGUAAGCGGUGCAAUAAUCAGUGGGUGCGACUGAACGUGGGCGGGACGUGCUUCCUGACGACGAAGACCACCCUGGCGAGGGAUCCGAACUCGUUUCUGUACCGGUUGUGCCAGGAGGACUCGGACCUUAUUUCGGACAGGGACGAAACGGGAGCGUACCUGAUAGACCGCGACCCCACGUACUUCAGUCCGGUCUUGAACUACCUGCGCCACGGUAAGCUGGUCAUCGACAAGGAUCUAAUGGAGGAAGGCGUGCUGGAGGAGGCGGAGUUUUACAAUAUCACCGAGCUCAUUCGGCUAGUCAAAGAGAGGAUCAUUCUGAGGGACACUCGGCCGCAGAGGGACUCCAAGAAACAUGUCUACAGAGUUCUCCAGUGUCACGAGGACGAGCUGACGCAGAUGGUGUCCACAAUGUCGGACGGCUGGAGAUUCGAACAGCUAAUCAACAUAGGUUCUCAAUAUAACUACGGUAAUGACGAUCACGCGGAAUUUCUAUGUGUGGUAAGCCGAGAAUACGGACCUAGUCAGCUCAGCAGUAAAGAAGAGGAAUCUACGGAUCGCGUUAAGGUACCGCUAUCCCAUUCGACUGUUUCCCAUCCUUAUUUGAGCCAAAGUAGCCAUGGCUAACGCGAUCAUUUUUUUAUGUUUUUGUUGUAUCCAAAUUGAGAUAUGAUAGACGCAGGUUUAUUAGAGAUUCAUGUCUUUUAUCAAGUACCUUUAUCAUUUUUAAGUAAAACCAUGUAUCCUAAGUAAUUUGUGUCGGUAUUAUUGUUUUUCAUGUUGGAUCGCAUGAGAUAUUUGUUGAGGCAAUAAAUGUCUAACUGCUUCUUUAAAUGGAAAUGCAAGUGCCUUUCUAUCUGAAAGAAAGGAUCGGGUUACAAUUGUAAAUUUCUAAGCGCUCCACAAGUAUAACAAGUGAAAAAAAAAUUUAUGUUGAGAUCUAUUCUUGCAAUCCAACAUUGAUUUUUCUUGAUUUCUAAUGCUAUUGUGAAAUCAAAUAACACACUUUUAUCAGUUCUAAUAAGGUGAAAUUAAAAAAAAAAAAGUAUUAUUUUUGAUAUUAACAAUUUGCCUAUACUGACGGUUGGAUUGGGUUGGGUAGAAAACCAAAGAUGAGCUUUAUCACUAUAGUGAUAAAUAUGAUUUAUAUAUACACAUUUAUUAUGAGAUUGAAGUUUAUCUCACGUUUUAUCACUUACGCUUAAUUCAGCAAUACAUUCCUCCAUACAUUUUUCUGCAAUAUUUCUUGACAGUUGCUUAGAAUUAUUUUGCUUAAUUGUUUUAUGAAGGAACAAAAUACGCGAAAAGAGAAAGAAUUUUGUUGUAGACGUGAAAUAUUUAGCAACAGAUUUUAUUAGGUGGCUUAAUUUUUCCUUCAAAUCAAAUUUGUGGAUAAAAAAAAUCUGUCGAUCGAAUAUGUCAUUUUCUCUUAUAUCUGAAUUUUUGUAUGUAUAUAUAUAUAUUUCUAUACACACAUAGACUUAAAAUAUACAUUGUACUCGUUAUAUUUUAAAGCUAUAAUAUAAUUAGAAAGAAUCACCUAAUAAUCUGUGACGCUCAGAGGCCUGUUCGCAUGAGCAUGUUCUGCCUCUGAUAUUUUGUUGUACGUACCAUACAUAUUAUUAUUAUUAUUAUUAUUAUUAUUAUUAUUAUUAUUAUUGUAUCGC